AUGAACAAGAUGUCUGUGAAAUGGCUCUCACUUCUGCUGCUACUACAGCUGACUUGCUACUUUAGCUCUGGAAGUUGUGGAAAGGUGCUGGCACGGCCAAUGAAAUACAGUCAUUGGAUGAAUAUGAAGACAAUCCUGGAUGAACUUGUCAUGAUGGGUCAUAAGGUGACUGUUCUGACAACUUCAGCUUCCAUUCUUAUUGAUCCCAACAAACCAUCUGCUAUUAAGUUUGGGACUUUCUCUAUGUCUUUAACUAAAGAUAAUUUGAAGCAUAACAUCAAGCAUUUGGUAGAGAAAUGGACAUAUCUGGCAAAAAAUUCGUUGUGGACAUAUUUUUCAUCAUUGAGAAGUUUAUUUUGGGAACUUUCUGAUAUGCUUAUGAAUAUCUGUAAAGAUGUUGUUUCGAACAAGAAGCUGAUGACAAAACUACAUGAAUCAAGGUUUGAUGCUGUUCUUGCAGAUGCUGUUGGACCCUGUGGUGAGCUGCUGGCUGAGGUACUUAAAGUACCUUUAGUAUACAGUCUCCGCUCCUCUCCUGGCUAUUCAGCUGAAAAGUAUAGUGGAAGACUUCCAUUACCACCAUCCUAUGUACCUGCUACGUUUUCAGAAUUAAGUGAUAACGUGACAUUCACGGAGAGGGUCAAAAAUAUGAUAUAUGAACUUUAUUUUGACUUUUGGUUCCAGACAUUUAAUGAGAAUAAAUGGAAUCACUUUUAUGGCGAAGUACUAGGAAGACCGACUACAUUAUUAAAGACAAUGGGGAAAGCUGAAAUGUGGCUCAUUUGAACAUACUGGGAUUUUGAAUUUCCUCUCCCACUGCUACCAAAUUUUGAAUUUGUUGGACGCCUCCACUGCAAACCAGCCAAACCCCUGCCUAAGGUUAACUAUUCCUAUUUAUUCUGUUUUGUUUACAUUGAAUUUUCAAUAGGAAUAAUCCUGUGUUCUUUAUUUAGAAUAUUUAAUUACAGUGAGAGAGAUGUGGGAUGCUAGAUAAAGUGACUUGCCAAUUAGAAACUCAUAUAUUUCUAUACCAACGCAAGUAUCAGAAUUUCAUUAUCAAUACAGAAUAAAGUGGAAGACUUUGAGAAUAUGUCAGUAAAAUUAUUACUUUCAUUAUUCAAUACAUAAUAAAUCAUCAGACUUCAUUAAAAGAAUUAUUAUAAAAAAUUAAAAGAAUAAUUAUAAAAUGACUAGCAUAUUCCAGAAAUAAGUGCUAAUAUGCAGAGAAAUGGUGUAGACACAGUUUCUGCCAUCUGACACUCUACCUGGAAAGAUAGAAUACCAGCAAGUAGUAAAAACUUUGUGAAAUUUUUAUAAGGAAAGACCACAACACUAAGGAAACAUCCAGCAGGAAUCACAGAUAUUAUCCCUGAGGCAUUGAUAAUUAAGACAAGAUCUGAAAGAUGUUCAGGAUAGGGCAGGGGUAGAAGAAGGCACAAAAGAAAAACAGGUAGAGUAGUAAUGACAGUUUCCAAGAAGUCUAAGUUUAGCCUAAAAAGGAAGAGUUUGAGUAAAGAGGCAGAUGAUGCUGGAGAGGUAAGUUGGAGACAGAUAAUUAUAAGGAGUUUGAAACAUCUAGUAGGAGCAUUAGGGAGAAAAUUAAAAGGGUAAAGAAAGGGAGAGAGAUGUUCACAUAAAAAAAAAACACACACAGGAUGUAGUCACUGGGUUGGAUUGUAGAGGGGCAAGAGUGAAAAGGGACACCAUUUAGCUGGUUGUUACAAGAUACAGGCAACAAUGAUGGAAAACUAGAAUACAAUGUUCAUAGAGUUAUGUCCGCCUUAACUCUUAUAAUAAUAGUACAAACCUCAUAUUGUUGUGGGGAAAAAAUCUGUUAGUAUGUAUGAAACACCGAAAAUGUCUCUGGAACAUACUUAGUGAUCCAGAAAAAAUAUUACCUAUUGUCUUUAUUGUUAUUUUGUUGCUAUUCCAUACUGUCAAUAACCCAAUGUGUACCAGUCACUUGGAUCUAAUUUCUAAAUUACUAGAAACUGGUUUU